AAGUAUAUUUCAACUAGGCCUAGAAAUUUACUUUAAAAGAAAUCCCAGUUUUUAAUUUGAGUUCAAAAUUCAAAAUGUGCUUAUAAUAAACUGAAAGGAAAACUUUCCCAUGAAACACAUCUGAUAUCUGUAUGUUGAAAUAUUUGAGACGUGUUUAGUGAUAUUGGUGCUAAUUUGUCUGUAAUUUCACUGAUCCCGUGAGGACUUAGCGGUUGUGUGCCGCACUGACGUCACAUGGCGGAUAUUACUGGCACAGGUACAAUGUCGAUUAAUAGGGGGGAAAAAAUCACUGUUCUCAAACAUAAGGGUUAAUAUUAGAAUUAGUUUUUAUUGUUAGCUCCUUGAAAACAAAAGAGCAAGAGCUUCAUUUCUUGCUCACCAUUAUCCAGUGACAUGUAAUGUUAUAUUAAUGAGAAAUCCAACCUAGAAGUAGUGGAUACAGCAAGCAUUGGACUCACAGGUCCAGAAUGCAGUGCAGCUAUACAGCAUAGUUGCUCUGAGUUGCAGAGACUUGGCUCAUCUAGCUAGUGAUAUAAGAGAUGACAAACUCCAUGGUGUUGAUAUGAAUGUUGAAGCUUUGGAAGCUUAUCUGAGCAGAGUGUACAGAUGAGGAGGUGAACGAGUGGACAAAGGAGGUGGACAGACUAACGGAUUAAAAUGUUGCUGCAUCAGUCCCUUUAUUCAGAGAUGAAGCAAAGACUAACUUCUACUGGCAUCACUAUUAUAAGAUAGUUGAACGGCAUUGUAGGUAAUGUUAAGCAAAGGGGACUGUCAGCAAGUGGGAAAGUAUACAGUCAGGUCCAUAUGUAUUUAUGCAGUGGCAUAAUUUUUGUAAUUUUGCCUCUGUACACCCCCACAAUGGAAGAAAUGUAAUGAAAUUGCAGAGUCAGUCACCUGACCUCACUCCAACUGAGCAUGCUUUUCACUUACUGAAGAUAAAACUGAAGGCAGAAAGACACACAAACCAGCAGCAACUGAAGGCAGCUGCAGUAACGGCCUGGCAAAGCAUCUCAAGGGAGGAAACUCAGCAUUUGGUGAUGUCCAUGGGUUCCAGACUUCAGGCAGUCAUUGACUGCAAAGGAUUUGCAUCCAAAUAUUAAAAAGUUGGUUUGUGCAAUUACUUUUGAGCCUGUGAAAAUGGAGAGACUCUGUAAAAAUGGCUGUAAUUCCUGGUUAAUGCAAUAUUUUUGUUAAUCCCCUUGACUUAAAGCUGAAAGCCUACACUUCAAUUACAUCUUGAUUGCUUCAUUGCAAAUCCACCUUGGUGCUGUACAAAGGUAUAAUUAUGAAAAUUGUGUCACUGUCCAAAUACUUAUGGACCUGACUGUAGUAGGGUUGCACUGCAGAAACCCCUCAUUACAAAGAUGAAUGGGUUCAGUAGUGCAAAAGCCACACACGCUCUUCUACAGAGAUGUAGAAGAAAAUAAUAUUUUCAGAUAAAUCAUUCUUCGCCAUAUUCUCAAAUAGUGGUUAAGUGAGUGUAAGUUGUACACCAAGAGAACAGUAAAGGCCUGAAGAGUUAACCCCUCUAAUGAAUGGGUAUAGUGAUGCUUAUGCCAUGAUGGUCAGUUUGGACUAAUGUGUUAGACAGCAUAGUUACAGCAUAAUUAGUUCACCUAGUUACCUUCUUGUAAGUUUGCACAGCGACACAUGACAUUUGACAUGACAUGGUAUUUGACAGAAAUAUCAUGUCAUAUGGCCUUUGUUCUCACCUCACAAGACCUAGAAAAAUGUUAUAAAAUGCUUUUAUCUCCUAUCAUUUAGAUUACUGUAACUCGCUUUAUCUUGAUAUCAGCAAGGCAUCUGUUGAUCGCCUACAGUUAGGACAAAAUGCAGCUUCAAGGUGACUCACUGGCACCAAGAAAAGAGACCACAUCACCUGUUUUGGCAUCCUUGCACUGGCUUCCUCUCCACUACAGGAUCCAGUUUAAAGUUGUGUGCUUUUAAAGCUCUUAAAGGUUUAGCUCCCACCUAUAUCUCUGAUCUGCUGUGCCAGUGUCCCAGGUCUCUAAUGUCUUCAGAUCAGUUUCUGUUGGCUGUUCCAUGAUCUUGGCUGGAGGCUAAUGGUGACUGUGCCUUUGCAGUGGCUGUGCCGAAAUUGUGGAACAGCCUCCCAUUGGGCAUCAGAUGUGUUCCCUCAGUUUUUAAAUCAAGACUAAAAACACCCUUUUGCAAAUUAGCAUUUUACUCUGUUUUGGUUGUGAAAUAGUUCCUUUUCCCCUCCCUUUUAUAUUUCUUGCUUUUAUUGUUGUCUAUACCUAUUUUUAUGCUCUUUACUUGCUUCUGUGUGAUCUUAACACAUAACCAUGACCAAUGUACAGCACUUUGGUCAACUUUGGUUAUUUUAAAUGUGCUUUAUAAAUUACUUACUUACUUACUUACUUGUACACGAGUUAGACCUUUUGUCCACCCUGGGGCUAUCCACAUAACAGCUUAUGACUAGACCUACAGGUAACCUGUCCACCAAAGCUGGUAAUAACUAUUGUCUUCUAUCCAACCCAGCAGUCUAGGAGGUACUCCUCAAUGCAAGAGUACACGGUUCUUAUAUGCUUUCAGGUGGAAACUGAUCUAUGAAUGGUGUACACUCCAUCAUCUCGAUCCUGGCUCCCCCAAGAGCCCUGUGUGGGAUCUCACCAUUUUACUGGAGUCCCUUAAGUCCUCCCCAUAUGAGAGCAUGUAGGAUGCCAAACUGAAAUUCAUCACUUGAAAGACUGCCUUUUUUCUAGCAAUCACUCCAACAAAAGUAGUGGGAGAACUGCAUGCCUUGGCAAUAAGCUCGCCUUGCAUGUAUUGUUGGCCAGCCAACUUCAGACUGACCUUGUGGUUGAACCCAGGAUUUCUGCUCAAUGUCACAUCACCUACUUUUUUCAACUAACUAAUUAACCAUUCAUCAUUCCAUGAGGUGGAACCUGCUGAGUGUUCCUUGUUAUGACCAGUAUAUGACCUACAGAGAGUGGCUAUUUGAUCAUCAGGCCAACUGUUCAUUUACCACAGAGGGAAGACACAAGCAGCUCCUGUGUCUAAACAGGUUUACUGGGUUAUUGAUGUAAUCAAUUUGGCCUCCACCGUGACAUGCCACAUUACAAGGAGUGUUUCCACCUCAGGAGCAUUACUUACACAUGUGCCACUCUAGGACUUAUGCACUGCUGAUGCCUGGGCACCUUCUCCAUGUUCAGGGUUAACAUUGCCCCUCCCAGUGGCGUGAGUGUGGCUGUCAUCUGUCAUCUCAACACCUGUCCAGUCAGUCAUAAGGUGGAUCGGUUUCUCAUGACAUGUUGCAUAUGUUAUCCAGUCGAUAUUUGCCACUCCUGUUGGUUAGGAUGGGUGAAAUAAAACACUAGUUAUAUAUCUAACUAUGGUUCUAUAACACUGAAUAACCACCAGUGUUCUCUUUCAUAUGGAACUAGCACUGAACAGACAGGAACUCUGCCAGAAAGUUGCAGGAAAACAUUGGCUAUAUGACAGUGGUAUUUAUAUCACAUAGUGCACCAUAUGGUCAAUGUGCAACUCUGUUAAAGGUCUCGGCAUGCAUGUGCAUACGAGCAAGAAGGUAUCCUGGUGAUCCUCAUGGGUCCUGGGGGUUAGCUGGUAUUAAUAGAAAAACAGUUACAUACAUAACGAGCAAUUUCCUUUCAACGAGACAAUAGUUAUAGUCUUCAAGCAGGUCAGGACAGCAGUUUGCACCAGACAUACACUGAGUGAGAUAGCUAGCUGACCGUCAGGUGGUCUGCGUGCAUGGCCUGAAAUAAUAUCCAGCAACUUUGUGACUGUUCAUUCUUGUCAGAGAUUUCUCUCUGUCCAUGGACAGUGUGAACCUCUGGCUGCUGAUAGGUGCUGUGCUGUGUUUUGCUUCUUGUUUUUAAUUUCAAUUUGAUCAUUGCUGUGUGCUUCUGGCAGGGAGGAAUUAUUGGUUGUUACACUGGCAGCUUUGCUUUUGUUGGCUGUAUUUUCCUGUCACAUGCAUUAUAGAUAUGAGUUGUUGCUGGAAUGGUUCCCUAUCUUCAGUUGGGUUUUGGAUAUUUAAUGCCAGGUUAAGGUUGUUUCUGUCUGCACUAUGUGCUACAUUGAUACCUGAUUUGAAACUUGUCUAAAGCAACUGAACCUGGUCACUGAUUAAUGGUUUUGGUUUGGUAGUGUGCAUAUCUUUUUUAGCCACACUGACCUAUUUUAUGAUGUACUGCACUACGGAUUCCACAUAUAGACAUGUUGUAUAGACGUGUGGUUUAUACUUUGAAUAGGUCCCAGCCAGUGCAUUGAAACAAUCCUGUAACAUUGAUUUGGUACCUUUGGCUAUGACAUACCAGAUUCUUCUCAUUCCCAGUAUAAUGGUAGCAGAAAGAGUAGAAUAGUAGGAUUGGGGGAUGGCCCUAUAGGCCUCUUGGAUAUUUGUUUACACUCGUUCAACUAGUUUUUCCUGCUUGUUGGACAGAUGUCAUGCUGAUGAAACUUGGGAAAACUUGAAAAAUUGAACAGUGUCUGCAGGGUUCUUGGUGCUCAUUGCAUCAUGGUGACAAGCUCAAGUAUACUUUGUGUACAUGCUGUAUUACUGACUAGUACACCAAUUCAGUCAUUCUUCUGUUUUGCCCAUAUAGCACUAAGAGUUACAUUCAAAAGCAAUCCAGUAUGAUCAGAUUACACUCCACUCUCUGAGUAUACCAAUUUUGUUAGUAUAGGUAACUUUAGGGAUGGCCAGCCUCACUGGGGACCCAGAACUUCCCUAUAUGCAAAAUUAUUUAUGUUUCUCACCAGAAUUUUUACAAGAAUUUGUUUUCACAGGAAUUUGUAAAAUUUUUGGUACUUCAAACCCUUCCAGCCCUUUUUGUUCUAUACUCGUAGAACCUGUCUUACUGGGAUUCACGUUUGUUAAUCUUCAAAUAAUAGUAACAUAAUCCUCUACCAUCAUAAUAACAUAUGCAAGAUCAUUCUAUUUUUGUAACUAUUUUGGCUUCAGGUGGCACUUAAUGGAAACCUCACUGUUCACAUUCUUAGAAUGUGAUAGAAAGCAAUCAUCUGCAAUUUUAAUAUUAUAAGUGACACAAAAAUACUGCAUGUGUGCCAUUUGUAGGAUAUGCACUGAAGAUAAAGCUCUUUCUAUGGCAUGGGGUAAAAGACUGGCCUUGCUUGAGCACAGCAAUAAACAUAAUCUUCCAUUUCCACCAUUUAUAAUCAUGGUGUAUUGAAGAUAUUAACCCAGCCUGGCAAUAAAGGAAUGAUUAAAAUGUACUGUAUAGCACAAAAACACUAUAAACUUAAAUAUAUCAGGUUGGUUUUAGCUUAUUCUAUUUCAAAGAAAGCAAGUACACUUGAUUUAGGAUCACAGACGAUGUUACAGACAUGCUCAAAUCCUAAAAUCCAAAUCACUGGUCAGUAGAGGAAUUUGAUGCUGUGAACUUCACCCUGGUUUCUUGUGGAAGUUUAUCCCUCUAAAUGUAUUUUUAAAAAAUUGUAUUUGUAUUCACAGCAAAUUCAUUUCAUACAAAAGUUAUUAAUAUGAUAUUAAUAGGAUAUCAAUUUAAUACAUGAUACAUAUUGUGCUAUAAUAAAAGAUAGCUCACAUUUAGAUACACAUGUAUUUCUGUGAAGAAUUUCUGUUCGCUUUUCUUUGGUUAGUAGAAAAAAAUGAAUUUCUCAUACUAUUACUGCUACUAAUAUCUGAGACACACCAAAUGAAAAUGUAUUAUUAUUCUGGCCAUGGCUCAAGUCAGAGAUGAUGACUAUGAUGUGUUGAUAUGACACGUUUCUAAGCCCUUAUUGAAUCUUCAUGCUUCACUGAAACAGUGAUUUGCAGAGAGCCUCGGUUGGAUCACACGUCUCUCUCACUCGCCCAGCAUUCAGUGAACACACUUUGAGGAAUUGCUAUGGCAACUGGUUGCUAUGGGUGAUAUGACACCACCACACACUCAUCUGGUAGGGGGGAGAGGGAGUUGCACAACAAAAGACAGGAAUGCAAGCAAGGAACAGAAGCUAUUAUUUUGAUUUCUGAAUUAACUGAAGGACUGCUUUAAAAAGUUGAGAAAACGUAUGGCUUCAAGCAGGAAGUCAUAAUGGACACCGAGACUUUCUCAGUUUAUUUUUGGCGUCCAUCUGUUUGCCUCUGACGGACCUUUUUAUAGCUGCUCCUCCACAACAGUAUUGUCAUAAAGAACACUGAGUACAGCAGUAAGGAGGAUGUGGAAACUUGUUGAAUCUGAGGCUUGACGUGAUGGCUACAUGCCACUGAGGCCGUGGUGAGGGAGGCUUGUGGGAUACAGAGUGCAUUGAGAAGCUGAGGAUGGCGGAGCACCUCCACAGCAGCACGCUGUCUGCAUCUGGGGCCACUCAGCCCAUCCCUUUCCUCACCCUUGAGCAAAAGGCAGCCUUCGUUUUUGUGCUGCUCCUCUUCAUUUUCCUGGGCCUGCUGAUUGUGCGCUGUUUCCGCAUUCUUCUGGACCCCUACAGCAGCAUGCCUUCUUCCACAUGGACAGACUAUAUGGAGAAAGACACAUUUGACUACCGUAUUGCCUGAGGGACUGCCUGGGCUUGGCUGGUCGUGAUGCCACAUGAUGGCUACCUCACAGUCUCCACUACAGAGUCGAAUAACACCUCCAUGCUGGUGGUGUACGUAUGGUGGCAUGAUGUCUCAUUUUUGAAAAAACAAAACAAAACAAAACACAUAUUCUACUAUACAUUUCUUCCAUUUAUACUUAUGGGAUAAUUUACUGCCAGCACAAUACCUCACAUAUUUCACCACAGCUGAUAAGUGAUGUCACAUCCAGGUUUCCUGAGAAGUAUUAGCGAUGACACACCCGGAGCUAAAACUAGCCAAUUACCUGUCAUAAGCAGUUUGGGUGAGCUAUUUAUCUCAUGUUGAUGCAGUGUAAAUCAUUAAUUCUCACGAUGAGGGUAAAUCCUUUACUGAAUUUAUUACUCCACUACCUUUAUAGAACUUAAAGUGCUUUGGUUUAGGGAUUGUAAAAUCCCCUGAGCUCUUUGUUGAGAAAGUCCUGAGCUUCUGGCCUUAUGAUUCAGUGUGUUUACAGAGCUGCCAGUAAAAAAAAAAACUGGCCUCAUUGUUAUUAAGCUAAAUGUCAAUCAGUGUAAUGACCAAGCAGCCUCCUUAGGCAUCUGGAUGAGAGCUUUGACAAGUUCCUCCUCUCUCUCACUCUCUUUCUGUCUUUUUCUCUCUGCAGUGUGCUUUAAUAGGGUGUGUCUGAUGUGGUGCAUAUUGUUCAACAGUAUUUCCUAAUUACAGAAAUGAACUGUUCAUUCAAAUGAUGUGAAUUCGCUGUUGUGCACAAGCUAUCAGUGCAUUAUUGAUUUUGCAAAUGCUCUGGUGCAAAGCUGUGAUUAGCUUAACUACAUGUUUUUAAAAGAGAUCCAGCUCACAUAAACAAGAAAUGUGUCUAUGAUGUGCAAAAGAUAUGAAUUGCCAUUUCAGUGCCUGUUUUUAUUUAAUUUUACUACCUGCUAUUGAUUUGUAGUCUGUAUAGUUGAGAUUGCUCUGUUUGAAACUGUCAUUGGAGACAGUUAUUGCCACAGCACAUUAAGCUCUAGCGUCAGGAAUUACUGUAGUCAUUACAAUGCACAUUGUGAGAAAGUGUGUGCGUAUGUGUGUGUGUGUGUGUGUGUGUUUGAUAUAUUAGGUACUUAAUACUGAGACACUCUUCAGAAACCACCAUGUGCCAUGUGGUUCACAAGUAGGUCUUGCAUUUAAUGUGCUUUUUAUAUUUGUUUCCAAAUAAAGAUAAAUGUAUUUCU